AUGACCGUGUGGUUCCACAGAGGAGAAGCGUCAGGACUUGGGACGAUGCACAAUCAACAAGACCAAUGGGAAGGAUCUGGGACAGGUGCCCGUGCAGCCUCCGUCAAACGUGCAGCACAGUUGGAACGAGAUGGCCAUUGCCCAAAGGCUGCAGAUGAUCAGCAGGUAGCCCCCAGGCCCCGAGCCCACGGCCAGCUGUCUCUGUCUGGACAUGAAACCGUGAGCAGUCCUUCCAGUGCCUGCUCCAGUGCCCCUGACUUGGCAAAUGCAAUUUUUGUUUCUAUUCCUGCGUAUCGAGAUGCAGAGUGCCAGUGGACGAUGAAGGACGCCUUUGAGAAAGCAGCACAGCCAGAUUUGGUGCGCUUUGGUGUGGCAUGGCAAUUGCAUCCAGAGGAAGACGAAGAAUUUGUUCGCAUUGCUGGGGCCAGGUCACGAUGGAAGAUGCAGGUGCGGGAUGUGCGUGUCCCAUACACAGAGGCAACAGGCCCUUGCAGGGCAAGAGCUCUGGCCCAGGCCCUGUGGCAUGGUGAGGGGUAUCAUUUGCAAAUCGAUGCCCACACUCGGUUUGUGCAAGAUUGGGACGUCAAGUUGAGGCAGGAGCUGCACGAUGCUGAGAGCAUGGCCAGCUUUGGCAAGGCCGUGAUAUCCACAUACCCUUGCGCCUAUGAGGGCGAAGGUCCAGCAGCUCAGAUCUCUGAGGACGGCCACGCAACCCUCUUGUGCGCUGACAGAUUUGACCAUGAAGGGAUGCUCCGCCUGCGCUCACGCACACUGUCCAGGCGCCCAAGCGAAGGCAGACCUAUUCCAAGCCGCUUCUGGGCCGCUGGCUUCAGCUUCUCACGAUCGAAACUCCUGCAGAACGUGCCGUAUGACCCGAACCUCCCAUUCCUGUUCUUUGGCGAGGAGCUGGCGAUGCUUGCCAGGUUGUGGACCAGCGGCUGGGACGUCUUUGCUCCCACCCAGCCGAUCCUUUUCCACCAGUGGGAACGGAAACGCAAAACAAUAUGGACGGACGGCGUCCACAAUAGUGCCUUGAAACUACAAUCCCAGAAUAGGGUGAUGGCGAUGCUGAUCGACGGCUCACACUAUCCAGACGCCAACCCGGCUGGUAGCUGCCAUGGGCUGGGUGACUGCAGACCCUUGAGCUCCCUGUGGGAAGCGUGUGGCAUAGACUUGAGACAGAAAAGGAUAUCAGAGAGGGCGUUGUGGGGCGGUUUGCAGCGUGACGCAUUCCUGGAUUGA